AUGAAUUCGUUGCAUCUGAAGAUCGAGCUGAAGCGAUACUCGAGUUAUCAGGAGUAUAUGCCGGCUCCUGAAGGCUUCAACAGCGCAAAACUUCCGACUAGCGUGAACAAGUGGCGACAUUACCCAAGCACUGCUAGCAUAGCACUUGUCGUGUAUGAGCUUCAUUCGACUACUGGCAUGUUUCAGCUUGUGGUUGACGGUGCGGUGGUGGAACAAAUCGCGUUUUACACAGACUGGAAAGUCCGAGGUUUAGGGGGGCAAAUAGCUCAGUUUUCUGCCAGAUAUCCAGCAAUCUUGUGCAAGUACAUGGUGAAUCUUCAAGGGUCUUUAUUCAUGAAGCGUUUUCAAAUGGGUUUCAACAACGUCAUGGACUUUGAAAACUGUUGUCAGACAAUGCGAACGCAAGGUUUCCCUGUGAAAGUGGCACCUGUGCUUGGCCCCACUCAGUUCUCACAAGUUAUCAGUGACGUUUUUUCAAACUCGCAGUACACUUUCGAUAAGCCAUAUUCAACGCCUCCAGAUUCUCAAAUCGUGGAUACCCGAGGUCCCAAUACUCACACAUAUCGGGUCGUCGCUGACAUGGUAAACAGUACCGAUGCACUUCAACAGAUUGGUCCCAUGCAUAAUAUAUCGCAGCCCAUAGUCGAACUGGACACGCAAAGCUUUUCGCAGGCCACCGGAGAUUCUAUAGGUCCGGAGUUCACUCAAUCCAGUGGUUCCAUCCCCAAAAAUGGUCAGGAUGGUAAUUCUCGCCCAGCAGCAAUGAAUGGACCCGAAAAGGGCCGAGCCGAUUUUUUCCAAGUCGCACAAUCUAGAAUCUCAAUCCAAAAGCUUAACGCCACGGACAUAAACUGCACUACAGGGUCUCAGCCCUGUUGGAACCACGUAAAAGCAUACCAAAAAACUUCUCAAGAACUGGACAAAGUCGUACCCUUCGUGAAGGAACUUCUGCAGUCGAAGGGCUCAACAAAAAUUCCCGUGCAUAGUACUUUUAAGAAACACGCUAGGCUUGGUACAACCCAUGAUAGCGGCGACAAAAGUUGCAUCCCGGCGCUAAAGCUAGACGAAGCUCUUACAAAGACAUGCAAAUCAGCGCCAAUCGUCAACGACAAGCCAAUCCAUUCAGGUGAGCCGAUUUUUAAGGAGUCUUCAACAGAUACCAUUUUAGCACAUCCAUUACAGGGGCUUCGAAAGAAUCAACGUGUAGAAGUUGGGGAAAAGUCCGGGUGCUCGAACGAAACAAUCUUGAACGAAAGCAGAGCUGCUAUUACACCUGAUGUCAUUAAGCAAAAACUCAAUGAUGUAGCUUUUAGAAACUGGGUAUGUGGGGAUUCUACUGAGCAACAUUCAUUCUCUACUCAUACUAACUGUUUGAUAGGUGGACGAUAUCGAAAGGAUGCUAACAUCGCUAAUAAAUCCAUGAGCCUAAGGUUUAAUCAUCUUGCAACCAAGCCCGGUUGGCGACACUUUUAUUGA